AUGUUCACUUUGAUUUUUCUGUUCUUCCUCCUGAACAUUCCACUUCUUGUUGCCAGUUUCAUUCAUCCCAGGUGCUUUUGGAGAAUGAAGCAGAAUAAAUUCAAGGAUGGAGACCUGUUGGCAGGUUGUAUCUUCUUCCUUAGGGUUUUGAAGGAGCAUAUUGAGAAAGAUUAUUUCAACUACAUUCUGAAUACACAAUCACCAACUGAAAACAUCCAGUUUCCAUUGGCCUUAACUUUUUCCUUGGAUGAAGUCAAUAGGAACCCUGAUCUUUUGCCAAAUAUGUCAUUAGUAUUUCAUUGGUCCAAAGAUGUUUGUAAGACUGUUUCAAAAUUAUUCAGUCUCUUGCCUUUAACUGAAGAAAAUCAAGAAUAUUACCCUAAUUAUGAGUGUAAUGAAGAGCAUACUUGUUUAGUGGUGCUGACAGGACCAAAUUGGGAAACAUCGGCUCUGGUUGGGACAUUUCUGGACCCCUACAGAUCUCAACAGAUCCUUCAGCUUACCUAUGGACCUUUCCAUCCUAUCCUGAGUGAUCAUGAAAAAUUUCCAUAUCUAUAUCAGAUGGCCCCCAAGGACACAGCACUACCCCUGGCAAUGGUCUCUUUGGUGCUUCACUUCAACUGGAACUGGAUAGGACUGGCCAUCUCUGACAAUGACCAGGGUACACAAUUUCUCUCACAUUUGAGAACUGAGAUGGAGAAAAAUAUAGUCUGCUUUGCCUUUGUAAGCAUGAUCCCAGCCAACAUGCAUUUAUAUAUGUCAAGAGCUGAAGUGUAUUAUAACCAAAUCAUAACAUCAUCUGCAAAUGUAGUUAUCAUUUAUGGUGACAUAGACAGUACUCUAGCUGUGAGCUUUAAAAUGUGGGAAUCUCUAGGUAUACACAGAAUAUUUUUGACCACAUCACAGUGGGAUGUCACUACAAGUAAGAGAGACUCUACAAUUGGCUCAUCCCAUGGGAUACUAGCUUUUACACACCACCAUUCUGAGAUUUCUGGUUUCAAAACAUUUGUCCAGACAUUGAACCCUCUGAAAUACACAGAUGAAUACCUUUCAAAGCUGGGAUGGAUGAACUUUAACUGUGAGGUCUCAGCUUCUAAGUGUAAGACACUGAAGAAUUGUUCAUCCAAUGCCUCAUUACAAUUUCUAAUGGGACAGACUAUUGACAUGGCCUUUAGUGAUGACAGUUAUGACAUGUAUAAUGCUGUGUAUACUGCAGUCCAUGCUGUCCAUGAGAUGGUUCUUCAACAUGUGUAUAAUGGGAAUGAACACUAUGGUAACUGCUUGAAGCUGCACUCCUUUCUGAGGAAGACUCAUUUCACUAAUCCUGUUGGAGAAAAAGUGAAUAUGAACCAGAGAGAAAACCUACAGGCAGAGUAUGACAUUUUCCAGAUUUGGACUUUCCCAAAUGGAUUUGGACUCAAGGUGAAGAUAGGAGAGUAUAGUCCAUAUUUUCCACAUGGUCAACAGCUCCAUUUAUAUGAAGACAUGAUAGAGUGGGCCACAGGAAGUAGACAGAUGCCACCCUCUGUGUGCAGUGCUGAUUGUGGUCCUGGAUUCAGAAAAUUCUUGCAGGAGGGAAUUGCAGCCUGCUGUUUUGAUUGCAUCCCCUGCCCAGAAAAUGAAGUUUCUAAUGAGACAAGUGAGUCCUGUAUUCUACAGCAAAUCACAUUUGGAGUUGUAUUCACUGUGGCUAUUUCCACUGUGCUGGCCAAAACAGUGACUGUGCUUUUGGCUUUCAUAGUCAUAGCCCCUGGAAGAAGGAUGAGGUUCUUCAUGAUUUCAAGGGCACCCAACUACAUCAUUGCCAUAUGUACCCUUAUCCAAAUUAUUGUCUGUGCAAUAUGGCUGCUAGUUUCUCCUCCCUCUAUUGACAUUGAUGAACACUCUGAGUAUGGUCAAAUCAUCAUUGUGUGCAAGAAGGGCUCAGUUACUGCAUUCUCCUGUGUCUUGGGAUACCAUGGCUCCCUUGCCUUAGGGAGCUUCAUUGUGGCUUUCUUGGCCAGGAAUCUCCCUGACAAAUUUAAUGAAGCCAAAUUGCUGACCUUCAGCAUGCUGUUGUUCUGCAGUGUGUGGAUCACCUUUCUCCCUGUCUACCACAGCACCAAGGGCAAGGUCAUGAUGGUGGUAGAGGUCUUCUCCAUUUUGUCCUCAAGUGCAGGUCUGCUGGGAUGCAUCUUUAUCCCCAAGUGCUACGUAAUUUUGUUCCGACCAGAGAGAAAUUCUCUUCAAAAGUUAAGAGAGAAAACAUCUUCCUAA